GAUUGUACAGGCAGAAUAGAUUGGUUGCUAUAGUCAACCUUUUUCUUUGUUUCCAAACUUUUAAACAGCUUUUGCUGCACUGAGUCUUUUUGAAAUACUCGUUAAAUCAAAUGCCUUCAUAAAUGUAAACAAUCCUGGCAAAACACCUGUAAAUGGAUCCUGCGCACAAUAUAUACCGCAUGUUCUUGCAUUUAUCCCAAGGAUACGACACAUAAAUCUUAAACACAACUUGUUUUUAAAUAAACAAAUAAAAUAUGCCACCAGUUAAAAAAUAUAAAGGGAAAUUUUGUCGUGUUUGUCUCAAAGAAAUACGUAGCUCCGUUUCGAAAGCCCAUCACCUGCUGCAGCCACCAGAACCAGUAAUACAAUUGAGGAAUGGUCUCAAGGCUUCCACAUAUUUACAUUGCUAUUACUAUUGCAUACGUCAGGGUGGCACAACAGAUCAUUUUAAUGCUGACAGCCUUAUGGACUAUGCCUACAUUUGUGUAAAAUGCCGAGUGCAUUUGUGUCGAACAAUUGGGUUUAUAGUGCAAUCACAAAAAAAUGAAGAUUUUCUAAUGUCAAUGUAUGAAAAUAGUACCCACGAUGGCAGUGCCAAUGAUUUGGAUGAUGAAUUGUGGGCCGACAAUAAAACAGCUGAUAAUACAACAAUUGAUCUGGAAUAUGAAUUAUUUGGCACAACUAAAUCCGAUGAGGAAGAAAAUGAUAAUGACGAUUAUAAGCAAAGUAAUGUAGGACAGGAAGAUGAGAACAAUUUGCUUUCGGAAUAUAUGAAUCCAAAUGAUUACACAAUGAAGGUUUACCAAGAAUCCCUCGAUAAUUUGUUAGAUAUUGAUUCAGGAUCGGAUAUAAAUGCAGUUUUUAAUAUAACUUCAAAUUCCAAAGAAAGUGGAGCAACAAAAGUUAGGUCGACUGAAAAAGAUGAAAAUAAUUUAAAAAAAUCUAAAAACAUUGUCUUGGAUUUCGAAGAGAUCCUCAUAGAGGUGGAAAAUGAAGAAACUACUUCCAUAAAGUCUUCUAAGAAGUCAGCCAAUCCCAGUAAUGGAACAAAAAUGAUAAGGAAAUUUAAUUUUAAAUGUGAAUCAUGCUGUAAAGUUUUCAAAUUGGAACGUGAGCUACAUGAUCAUUAUAACACCCAUGACGUACACGAGUUGAAAUUUGCUUGUGACACCUGCAAAACGUACUUUAUGUCAGAGGAUGCCCUUUUGGUCCAUGAGGAUGUUGUACAUAACAAUAAAAACUACGAGGAUUGUGAAAAAUGUGGAAAAUUUAUUCCUUCCAGAGAUAAACAAACACAUGUGGAAAAAGAACACGACAACAAAAAGGCCAAACACGAAUGUAAAUCUUGUGAUCGCAGCUUUUUAACAAAGUCCGCCCUUGUUAAACACCAAGAGACUGUACACGGCUCUACCAAAUUGAAUCGUCAUGAAUGUCUGGAGUGUGAUCGUUUUUUCUUCACAACGAGAAACCUCAAAAAGCACACACAAACUGCUCACAAUGCUCAAAAUAGAACUCAUCUAGACGAGGAGUUUUUAUGUGAUAUUUGUUCAAAAACUUUAACAAGCAAAUGGAAUUUAAAAUUGCACAUGCAGAGACAUACUGGAGAUGUAUUGAAAUGUUCCUAUUGCGACAAAGAAUUUGUAACGGCCAAGGAUUUGAGAAUACAUACACGUUUUCAUACCAGGGAAUUUCCAUUUAAAUGUGAUAAAUGCCAGCGUACAUUUGCUAUUAAAACCCAUUUCGAUCAUCAUCGUAAACAACACGAAGGUGUUCGCUACAAGUGUCAAGUAUGUGAUAAAGAUUUCGGUCACAUCUUCAGUUUGCGACAGCAUUCAUUUAAGCACCGUGGUUAUCCCUUUAGCUGCAAAUUGUGUGAAAAAGGAUUUCCGUCAAUUUUUAAAUUACGAGUUCAUUUGAAAACAAGACAUCGCAAGAUUUUUAAUGGGGCAUAUACAGAUGAAAAGGCAGCUGAAUAUAUUACACGAAAUAAAAUUAAAAAGAUGUAUCCUCAGGUUGAAAUUCCAGCUAGGAUUUAG